AUGUAUGGUUUAUUAGAGGGAAAGACCGUAGCUAUAACGGGCGGUGUAACUGGAAUUGGCCGUGCAAUUGCAAUUGAAAUGGCAAAAAAUGGAGCUAAUGUUGUUGUUAAUCACUUACCGAAUCAAUUAGAGCUAGUUAAAUCUUUACAAGAGGAAAUUGGUGAAGAUAAAUUUUUAGGCGUGGCUGGCGAUAUAUCAAAGCCGGAAAACUGUGAAGAAUUAAUUCUUAAAACAAUUGAGAAAUUUCAUGAAAUCAAUGUCUUUGUAUCAAAUGCUGGAAUAUGUGAAUUCAAGGAAUUUACAGAGAUUGAACCCGAAACAUAUUAUAAAACAAUUGACAUAAAUCUAAAUGGAGCCUUUUUUGCUAUUCAAGCAGCUGCUAAGCAAAUGAAAAAACAAGGAAAGGGAGGUAGUAUUAUUGGAAUCAGCAGUAUUUCAGCUUUAGUUGGGGGCGCCUAUCAAGCACAUUACACACCAACGAAAGCUGGAAUAUUAUCUAUCAUCCAAUCUACUGCUUGCGCUUUAGGACCAUAUGGUAUUAGAUGUAAUGCUCUAUUACCGGGAACUAUUCGAACAGCUUUAAAUGACGAAGAUUUAAAUAAUGAUGAAAAAAAGAAAUAUAUGGAAAAACGUAUUCCUUUGGCUAGACUAGGCCAACCUGAAGACUUGGCUGGGCCGGCGAUAUUCCUAGCAAGCGACCUUUCAAAGUACGUAAAUGGUGCACAGUUAUUGGUUGAUGGUGGUCUAUUUGUCAAUCUACAAUGA